AUGGAAGCUACGAAGAACGAUUUCACCAUCACAGGUUAUCCUAUACUAUAUAAUAUGUUCGGGAACCCUCACGAAGAUUAUUUCGAGAAGGAAUGGGAUUCCCACUGGCAGGCUGUCGAUGAACUACUGGCGCGCCCUUGGUGGGGCCGGACCUGGAUCGUACAGGAGGUAUGGUGUGCUUCAGACGCAGUACUUCAAUGCGGUGCUUCGAAGCUCAAGUGGAAGAGUUUCCAGAAGGCUAUGGACUAUGCUGAGGGAUGGGACGAUAUGGGGGACCAUGUAAAAGGCACUGAAAGGCAGUCGCAAUGGGAGACCUUGCGGCGGCGCUAUACGUUAGCGAUACAUCUUUCUAAAGCCAGAGUCAAUGGCAGUACACUAUCGUCACUGCUUUGGAACAUCUGGGAUCGCGAAUCGACGGAUCCAAGGGAUAAGGUGUUUGCUGUAUUGGGUCUGGUUGGUGAAACCAAAGAUGGAGAUUACACCAUGGCACCAGACUAUCGCAAGUCAAUGGAACAGGUGUAUCGAGAGAUUGCGCGAGAAAUCAUAAUCAAGGAGGGUCGAAUGGACAUCCUACUUGCGGCCAGCGGUGUCAAUGGUAAUGACCGAUUACCAUCGUGGGUGCCGGAUUGGCGAAGCGAGGCUACCAUGGGAAGGCCAAUAUUGCUGGUUAACCGCCAACUCUUGAUGAAACUCGCAUACUCUGGAUCCAUGAAUAUGGCCAUAUUAAAAGGGCAUGGAUACCUUGCGGCUGGCAGUUCGGAGGCGUUCGCUCAGUUCAGCGACGACCUGAAGGCACUUACGGUAUUGAGUAAGAAGUGGGAUAGUAUUGCGGAAGUUUGCGAUGCAGACAUCACUGCGACGAGCAACGAUGAAUUCGUGGAUCAGAUUUGUGAGUUCAUUCUCCGAUCGAAGUUCAUAUCUAGCAGGAGACGACGGAGGGAGUUGACCAGAAGAGAGCACGCCACCGAUUCUCAAGACACAUCCAUGCUGAUGGCCACACUCACUGGUGGAGGAAGAAUAUGGUAUGAUGAGUACGCACCCACCAUGCGAAACGUGAUGCGGCAACGUCGGCUUUUUAUAACAAAGAAUGGCCGUAUUGGGAUCGGACCAGUAGAUGCUCAGCCUCACGAUGUGGUCUUCAUCAUCUCUGGCUGCAAUUUUCCGAUAACACUUCGACCACGCGAAGAUAUGUUCGGCGUCGUUGGCGAAGCCUAUAGUAAGUUUCUGAAAUAG